UGAAACUAAACUGUGUCAAGGUUUUUCUCUUUGAACACAAGUGUGAGAUUUUAAGCAUCUUUUAACUUAUUUUUUUUAAAUCUGAAACAUUUGCUUAUCCAGUUGCUCAUUUUGAGUAACAAAAUGCACCAAACUCCUUGCUUUUAUCCUGUGAAUGAGUCAAGACCUCCUAUUCAGAGAGCUUUUUAUUGCAAUGUGUAAAGAUCCUUGUUGUUUUUGAGUGUUUUUAUUAUUUUAGCUUCAGUGACGGUGUUUUUGCUGCAGAGCAGACACAGAGGUAAUGAACUCGAGCGUUUCCGAGACAGCGAGCCGUCUGAGAGAGCUAUGAAGGGUGAGGAAGUGGAAAUGCCUUCCUGCUGCUGCAGUGUCUCCGCUUCAUGACGCCAUCUGCAGCAUGUUUACAGGCAGAAGCUGUACUCGGGGACAACGUCAGGGCGUUAUAACUUCCUGUUCGUCACCUCGAAACACCGAUGCUGUGCCUUCAGUCGUGGGUUUGUGCAGCGAAGCUGGUUUAGGGCUCGAUGCGCAUCUGGGUUUGAAGAUCUGGGAGGAAGUGCGCCGUCAUUCUAUGUGCUUCUGAGCUGUGCUGAAGCCAGAAAGGGGUGAUGAAGCUUUGAUUGGAUCAACCGGGGUCUUGCACAAGAAGAGGACCGCGUCACAUGGGAGUGUGUGUGCAUGUGUGUGUGAGGGCCUCCCACCGGCGCCCGCUUUUCCUGGACCAGCAUGGCGGGGGUCAGAGAACGUGGCUCGCGGACCCAGAGGCCGUGGUCGGUGUACCGGGCCAACACCUUUGAGCUAUCCAACGAGAUGAUCGGGUUAGCUCUCGCGGGAAAUAGUCAGGACCCAGACGAACCUGUGCUGGAGUUCAGUAUUUCGUGCACAGGCCUGGUGAUUCCCUCUAUGGAUCGAAAGCCCAACAGCUUCGUAGCAGUGAGCUGCACCACGCCACCCCAGGCCUUCUGGACCAAACACUCCCAGACCGAGGUCAUAGAGGGAACCAUCAAUCCCAUCUUCCUCAGCAGCACAGCCUUCUUCCAGGACUCCAACAUCAACCAGCAGACGCAGCUGAAGCUGGCCGUCUACGACGUGAAGGACCGCUCCCAGAGCACGAUGUAUAUGUUGGGCUCUGCGCUGUUUUCUGUGAAGGAACUCCUGCAGGAGAAGAGCCACAGAUUAGAGCUGGAGCUCAGGUCAGCAGAGAACAAGCAUGUGGGGAACAUCACGGUGGCGGCCUGGCAGAUGGAGGAGAGGACAGAUCAGAGGAUGUCAGUCGGACAUCUACCAGACAUCAUCAACGGCCGGACGGUUCUGGCCGUAGACGAGAGCCUGACUGAGGCGAUGGGAGUCCGGAUCAAAUACGCCUCGCUGAGCAAAGACGCGCUGCUGCGUUCAGUGUUUGGAGGCACCAUGUCCAGGAUGUACCGGUUCCCCACCACUGAAGGGAAUCACCUGCGGGUUCUGGAGCAGAUGGCAGAAAGCGUCCUGUCGCUCAACGUUCCCCAACAGUUCAUCAAACUGCUGCUGGAGGAGGACAGAGCCAGUGUGUGUGAGCUGGACGAACUGGGAGAGUUGUCCCCCUGCUGGGAGUGUCUGCGGAGACAGAUCGUCUCUCAGCACCAGUCCAUACUAACCGGCUACCAGGAGACUUUGUCCAACCUCAACAACUACAGAGGUCCGUCGUUUAAAGCCAGUAACCUGAAGUCUGAUAAGAAGCUGGAGUUCAUGCCGACCAACCUCCACGUUCAGAGGAUGAGGGUUCAGGACGUGCUGGGCUCUGACCACACGUACGACGUGAUAACGAUCGGCGCCCCGGCCGCUCACUGCCAGGGCUUUAAAAACGGAGGUUUGAGGAAACUCGUCCAGAAGUUUGAGGAGGCAAAGAAACACGUUUAUGAGGAGGGAUGCAGCGCCAUCUCCAGCUCUCAGUCCAUCGUCUACUUACCACAGGAAAUUGUCCGAGCCAAAGAGAUCAUCGCCCAUAUCAACACGCUCAAGACUCAGGUCAACUACUACGCAGAGAGGCUUUCCCGGGCCGCCAAAGACCGGUCCGCCAGUGGGCUGGAGAGGACGCUUGCCAUUCUGACUGAUAAGACUCGUCAGCUGGUGACAGUGUGUGACUGUAAGCUGCUGACUUUAGCCAUCCAGGCGCUAAACGCAGCACGACCCGAGUACAUUGCUUCCAAAGCAUCUCCUUCUGCGGAAUCGGAGCAAGUUGUUCUCCGCAACGACCAGGACACGCUGCUGGCCAAGUGGAGCGGAUGCAACAGCCGAUCGUCUCUGCAUGUGGACUGGCACGAAGAGGAGUGGGAAAAGGUGUGGGUAAAUGUGGACAAGUCUCUGGAGUGCAUUAUUCAGCGAGUGGACCAGCUGCUCCAGAAGCAGAGGAGGCCCAGCGUCGACAGUCAGGACAGCGUCCAGCGUGACCAGCAGGGUGGCAGCAGUAAGAAAGGUGAAAGUAAAAAACGAGCUUUCUGGAUCAACCCAGGAAGUUUGUCCCAGGACUCCCCUCCUCCAUCAUCCUCUGAUCCACCUUCACCUUCCUCAUCAUCACCGCCACACUCUUCCUCUCCUCCCGCCCUCUCUUCUGCACGUCCCCCCAGCCCCGAACAGGAAAGCCAUGGAAGCCCUUGUGCUGAGGAGGCGUACCCAGGUGAGUGGAGCGAGGCGCUGUACCCCCUCCUCACCACGCUCACCGAGUGCGUCGCCAUGAUGAGCGACAAGGCCAAGAAGUCCAUGGUGUUCCUACUGAUGCAGGACAGCGCCCCCACCAUCGCCAUGGACGUGUCGCUGCAGUACCGCCGGGACGUCGUCUUCUGCCAGGCGCUCACCGCUCUGAUCUGCGGUUUCAUCAUCAAAUUGAGGAACUGUCUCCGUGACGACGGCUUCCUGAGGCAGCUCUACACCAUCGGCCUCCUGGCUCAGUUUGAGUCUCUGCUCAGCACUCAUGGGGAUGAACUCGGCAUGUUGGAGGACAUGACCGUCGGUGUCAUGGAUCUGCGGAACGUCACCUUUAAGGUCACCCAAGCCACUGGUAGCUCCGCCCCCGACAUGCUGCCCAUCAUCACAGGAAACAGAGACGGCUUCAACGUGCGCGUACCGCUGCCGGGAUCCAUGUUCGACGCGUUGCCGCGGGAGAUCCAGAGCGGGAUGCUGCUGAGGGUCCAGCCGGUGCUUUUCAAUGUUGGCAUCAACGAGCAGCAGACGCUGGCGGAGAAGUUUGGAGACACAUCCCUGCAGGAAAUCAUCAACGCCGAGAGUCUCUCCAGGCUGAACUCGUACUACCAACAGUUCAAAGAAGUCCUGCCUGAAGACUGCCUCCCAAGGUCUCGCUCCCAGACCUGUCUCCCCGAGCUGCUGAGAUUUUUGGACCAGAACGUUAGCGCCAGGAAAAACAAGAACGUGGACAUCCUCUGGCAGGCCGCUGAGAUCUGCCGGCGGCUGAAUGGCGUUCGCUUCACCAGCUGCAAGAGCGCCAAAGACCGCACCUCCAUGUCGGUGACGCUGGAGCAGUGCCUGAUCCUGCAGCACGAGCACGGCAUGGCGCCUCAGGUCUUCACUCAGGCCCUGGACUGCAUGCGCAGCGUUGGGACAAGGGAAGGGGUGAUCCAGAAGAACCUGAGCGGCCUGCUGCCGGUGCGGGACCUGUAUCUGGACCCCAGCUUGCUGUACUCGCUGCCUCUGCUGGCGCUCAGCCCCAACCUGCUGGUGGUGUGGAUCUUCCUUAGCAUCACAUGCUUCCUGGCCAAACUCCGCUGCAGCUGAGCCAAGGAGAUGGACAGAACGGGCUCUCUGUGUCUCUGAAUCUGUACCACUGUCCUGUGAGUGUGUGAUCCAAACACACACACUCUCAUAUACCAACCUAAGGGCUUCAUGUAACUCAUGCCCUCUUCUAGCUGAAAUUAGGAUGAGAUUGACUUUUGGGCUUCUUAAUUUAUAAUUUGGUGACUUAAUAGUAGUUUUCUGACUUUACUGUCAUAAGUUAUCGUGCUCUAAGCUCACAUUGAUCAAGCAGCUCCCCCUGGUGGCUGAACAGUGCUCUGCCUUAUUUUUGACCCCUUUUACUGGUGGUUUAUUUACUCUCACUUAGGACUUGUAUAUAUGUGUAAAAACAAAUGAGUAUACCCAGGAUGUAGCCAUUAUAACUGAAGCAAAUGUUUAAAAUAAUUCUUUCAUCUUUCAUGUACUUUUUGCACUCAUUACACAGGCUGGAUUCAAGUAAAUUGUAGCUUUUAUUUGAAGCCGAAGUGAAUUGAUGUAGUUUUGCAGGAUAGUUUGGAAUGUGUUUUGUGGGAUAUUCAGGUGAAUAAGCUUUUUACAUCCGGUUUAAACAUGCAGCAUGAGAAACAGAAUUUUUAAUGAUGCAACAUGCAUUUUUGAAUGAAUGAUGCAGGUUGUUAUGAUUGUGCCAAAUGCUAAAGUCAGGUUAUUAUCAGGCCGACUCAGCUGUCAAGAUUUAGUUGUAGUCGAGGAGAAACAGGACUUGUUAGUUUUGUCUUGGGAAAAAGACUCAUGAACCUUUUUUUUAUUCUGUGGCAAAAUCAUUAUUUUACGUCUUGAAUAUCUUUUUUAAGUUUUGUUUAUCAAAUGUCUAAAGGAAUGUUUACAAUAUACCGAAUUUAUCUCACCAACUGCUCAGAAAAAAAUACUUAUCAUUAUCAAAAUUGUGUUCAUGUUUUAUCAAAAUAAAAAACUUUUUGUUCUGUAAUCUCUUAAAUCUUGAUAACAGAAAACGAUCAGAUUUUCAUUUCAUUGGAAUUUCAUUUGCUAAAAUGUAAAUGAAAUGAUUGUGAAUUUAUGAAAAUAAAUUUAGCUAAUUAGCUGAUUUCAACCAUUUGUUUCUAAACAUUUCAGUUCAUAAACAAACUAAAAUACGAAUUUAGAAAAUAUAUUUUAACUCUAUGCUAGCAGCUUUGUGAACUUUUCUGCCUUUUUUAGUAUAUUUUAUAAAUGUAGCUUUUGGAUUAGUUUAUAUUUUAGAUUAAAAUAGAGUUUUAAAAAGAGCUUUAUCAGAAUUGAAAGUCAAUGUCUUCAUAUUUCACUUUAAAUUAUAGGAAGCCUAAGCCCCCUCCCUUUCCGGUCGGCUCACGGGUCCCCGGAAGAACGAAAAAAUAAUUGCAAGUCAGCGGGGCUGAAAACGUUAUUUUCUAACCUGCUUUGCCUUACGCCCUGGAUCUCACAUGUGUUGUAUUUUAAUUUAAAUGAAAAGUAAUGAUGGGUGUUUCGACCACGCCAGUCACGUACUUUGAGAUUUAUCAGCUUGUAAAAGUUCAUAAUUAGCAUGACUACAAACAAGAAAUCGACACGUCACAUAUGUAACAUCACCACAUAAGCUCCUCCCCCCUAACGAAGCUGCUACUUACCACAUGACCAGAUGUAAUGGUGAUGAAAUCACCAGAUUUAUGGUGGUUCUUUCCUCCUGUGGGAAGUUAGCUGAACUUACAGCCCUUUUCCCUCAUUUUUCUCCGUGUCUGGUUCGAUGACGUCACUUUCGUGAAGCGCAUUUGUUUUCCUGGACUUAUUUUCACACAAAACCUAAAAUACCAUUUCCCCCUGUUCAAAAAUAAGUGCAUUCUUGGUGUCUAAUUAUGCUAAUGCUAAUUAUGAACUUUUAUAAGCUGAUGAAGCUCAAAGUACGAGACUGGCGUGGUUGAAACACCCAUCAUUACUUUUCAUUUAAAUUGCAGUAUAACACAUGUGAUCCUGGGCGUAAGGCAAAGUGGAUUAGAAAAUAUCGUUUUUAGCCCCGUUGACUUACAUUCAUUUUUUCACUCUUCUGGGGACCUGUGAUGCGGAAGUGGCUUAGGCUCCCUAUUUUAGGUCUAUGAUGACAGCUUCCUGUACUUUCCCGCCUUUUUUAGUAGUUUUUCUAAAUGUAGCUGGCUUGUGGAAUAGCUUCUGUUUUGGUUUAAAAUGAGUUUUGAAAAGGUCUAUUGAAAAAAAAGUCAAUUUCUUUAUAUUUUACUUUAAACUAUAAAAAUAAACGUGAACUAAAGUGAAGAACUUAUUUGUGGAAAAAGAUUGUAGCUAAUCAAAGCUAGCAAAUUAGCUAAAGUUUUUUGCUUCAAUGUAUUUAUCCUAUCCUUAUUGUUUUUAUGCAGAUUUUUUAUUUGAUCUUUUAAACUACCUCUUCGGUUUCAGUACAUGUUAGUGUUUGUUUAAAAAUAACAAGUUACCACUAUGUCGCAUGAAUGUCAUUAUGUUAAUGCAAGAAAAAGGAUAAAAUAUGCACAAAGAGAGAGUUUAAAUUUUUACAUCUAUUUACUAUUGUUAUUCAUGUUUACAUGAGUGAAGUGCUUCCUGAAUAUAGUCAUUUCAUGAUAUGAAGUGAAAUGAAGAGAUAUUUAUUUUCUUCCAUAUUGUGUUGCUUUCUUGUUGUUGCAUUAGAGAAUAUAUUUAUACUGUUGUAAAACAAUCGUAUUGAAAUGCUUUUGUUAACGUAAUUCUUUAUUAUGUCUGAAAUAUGUAUUGUUUUAAAUGAGAGUAUUUAUAUAUAUUUGAUUAUUUUUGCUUGUUGUUACUUUAACAUAAUCUGUUUUCAAUCAGCUGUUGGUUUAUUUACAUUCUUGUUUGCAGCUAUUCCCAAAUCUCCCAGUUAUGCUGUUAAACUGUGGAAUGCUCAUGUGGCUGUGUUAAUAUGUGGAUUAACAACUGUUGUGUUUACAGAGUCAUAUUUAAAAUGGAGUUAGAAUCUGUUUUUAGUUCUGGAUGCAGAAAGUUUCUUUUGAAAUGAACAUUUCAACAUCAAAAUUGGAAAACAUCUUGAUUUUUAUUGUUAUAGUGGAUUUUAUUUUUGUUGUUGUCUAAAUUAAUCCCAGGUCAGUGAACCCUGGUCGGUACACCCGAGUGAAAUUGCUGCUUGCAUUUUCUCUAUUUAUGACUCAAAAAGUAAAGGUUUUCUUGCGGUUUGAGUGCCAUGUCGCUCUAAAUGUGUUACACUUGUUCCGUGUGCACUUACAGUCACACUGCUGCUGAAGUAAAUAAAAGUUGUGCCUCCAUCUGCA